AACAUCAUAGUGUUGAUUCCUUUUUCUCUACUCAUCUGUACUACUGGUUACUGACCUCUGACCUCUCCUGUCCCCCAUCUCCUUCCUCCCUCUAACCCCCUAACCACCAUCUCCUCUCCCCCUUCCCUCUCCCCCUUUGCUCUGACCUCUCUGACCUCUGUCUUUCAGAGGGAUUGGAAUAACACAGAACAUUCUCAUGGGCGUUGAACAAUGAAGUCAUCUCCUCCCCUGUUUAGGCAGUACUAUGAGAUGCUGUACAACGCUGCAGAUGAGCUGCUCAACCUGGUGGUGGACCAGGGCGUUCGCUACACAGAGCUGGAGUACAUCCACGCCCUCAGCCUGCUGCAGAGGAGCCAGACGGGCGUGGGAGACCUGAGCACGCAGAACGUCCGGCUGCAGCGCCUCAAGGAGAUCAUCUGCGAGCAGGCAGCCUUCAAGCAGGCCACCAAGGACAAGAAGAUCACUACUGUUUGAGAGGGGGGACAUUGGGAGGCUGUUGUUGGCAAUGCUCUACCUCCAGCUCUCCCUCGUGGGCCCGCUGACUGUGUCUGCAAUACCAGAUGCCAGAUUAGACUGUCGAGAUUAUCACUUCUCUCCUCCUGCUUGUGGCCAUUUUGUGGACAUUCUUCUUCCCCAAGGACAAAGAAAGAAAUUGAUUCCCCACCUCAGCUGUGGUUCACUCUAUUUCUCUCUCACUUUUAGAAUAAUGUAGAUUGGAUAUAAUGUAGCUAUAGCCGAUUCUGAUUAUAGUAUUUGCCACUGUCCUGAAAAAAUACGUUAACUGUGCUGCAGCGUUGAGGUGUGCAUGUGUGCUAGGGGAUGGGGGCCAAUGUAUCCAGUACAAUUUAAGUGUGUAUAUAGUCCCAACACUCAAGGUCUUGAACUUAAUAGGGAUGUAAUUGCAAAUCACUACUCCCCUUCCUACCACUACAACUGCUAAAACUUCUGCUAAAACUAUUCUAAAGUGAAUACACUUGCAAGGAGUCACAAAUCAUUCCUUCCCCUGCAUCCCCUCAGUAUGUUUAGUUAAUUAACUCCGAGGAAAAGUACUUAACAAGAGCGGGGGAGGGAGGAAAGAGAACAGGGGAGAGUUGUGGCAGUGCUGCUCACCAGAACCCAGCGGAACCAUCCAUCAUAAUGACAUGUAGGCUGGGAUCAAUAUGAGCCUUGUGGUUGCCGGAGGGAUUGCCUAGUGCCAUAGGAACAGCAUUUAUUUUACUCAGCACACUCAAGACACACACAUACACGUACACACACACAAUAAACACGUCCUAUAUUACACACACACACGAUGGAGGUCUCUAUGGCUUGCAGUACUCUGCACAAGUGAGGAGUUUUUUUCUGCUGAUUCUGUGAACAAGAGAACACUCCAUCUGGAUUUAAAUGAUCUGGUAUAUCGGACCCCUAUACCCACAUUUUAAAUAAUGUAAAGAUCUACAAAAAUAUUUCACUUUUUUUUUUAAACGCUUUGCUUUAUUUGUUUGUUUAAGACAUGUCGUUUUGCACAUCUACAGUGUGUAAUAUGAGAGUGGUUUCAUGUCUGAUGAGUUUUUUCACAAACACCUGAUAAGAACGGAGGUUAAUGAGUCCCUGUGUGAUUUAAGGAUUAAUUUGAUCAUUUCUCCAUUGUCUGUUAAAAGUCCCUUUCAGACCAAUGCCUUGAAUAGCAAUCCUACACUGAAUUAAAGAUGACUUGCCAUUGUGUACACUGAUCUUGCUGAAAUAAAACAUCAAAAUUC